GCUGCGCCAUGGCGUCCCUCGUCCGCCUCGCCGUGCUGCUGCUCGCGCUCACCGCACUCUCCGAGGCCGCCCGAAGGGGGAAGGGCGGGGGCAGCGCACGUCGCGGGCGCGGCGGAGGUGGAGGUGGCAGGAACGGCCCGCACCCUGACAUGGCCGAGGAUUUCGACCUGCAGGCGGCCGGCUGUCUCCCCGAAAACUUCAACGAGCCCGAUAUGAGUGCCUGCAACGCGACGGCGCAGGCCGCCGGCACCGGCAUGAAGGGUCUGCUGGAGUGCAUGGCUGAGAGCCUUAACCUUGUGGACGACCAGGGCCUGAACGAAAGCGCCCAGGACGAGCUGCUGGCCUCGGUCUCGUCCGACAGCCAGUGGCAGGAGGCGCAGCGCCAGCAUCUUCAGCUGUGCGAGGAGAUGAUGAGCCCCAACCUAACGGUGGCACAGCAGGGCGUCUACUUCUUGUCCUGCUGGCACAGCCUCAGCGUUCUCGAGUGCAAGCGGACGAAGAUGGAGGAGCUCGGUGCGUCCGUGGACGCCGAGAACGGCGGCGAUGUGGGCCAGGCGCUCGUGUAUAUGGCCGAGAGCCUCUGCCUAAAAAACCUGAGGAGCGAGGAUGAAAAGCUGGCGUUUAGGACCUGUAUGGAGGGGACUGAUCUGGACUUCGGCAAACUGAAGGAUGGCUUCAAGUACGUUGCCGCCUACCUGUCGGCCGUCCAGAGCGGCAACAACAGUGUGGAGCCGCCGUCAGCCGAACAGGUGGCCGACAUGGGCACGCAGAUGGACCUGCUGAAGGAGACGGUCACGUGCAGCAUGGAAGCGGUCGGCAUGGCCGACGGCGGCGAAGCCAACUUCGACGCUAUGCGCGUCAACAUGGAGGGCUUGGAUGCGCCUGAGUGGAUGAAGCAGGCUGGUCGGGCCAUCAUCGACGAGUGUGCCAGCCAAGGGGACACCAGCAUGAACGGCUUCCAAACUUGCUACACCGAGUCCUCCGCCUACGCUUGCACCUCGGCCAAGGCGCACAAAUUGGCCCUCAUGGAGUCGGGUCAGCGCCCCGCCGGCGGCGGCGGCGGUGGACGCAGGAACAGAAGGAAGAACCGCAAGAACGGGAAUCGCGGCUAGACUCCGGCUCCAGUCCCCUGGACGACAACGCCAACUGCUUACCACAGACGGCGCAGCAUCCGACGACCGACCGACCAAAAACCUUUGCGUGCGACAAUGUUACUGUUCCAGUGCCUGCACAUGCACAAUUGCGGCAUGAUAAUGGGUUGAUGCACUUAUUGUUCAUGACUAGAUAAAUUCGCUUUUCUAGCAAACCAAGGCAAUGACAAACUGAAAUAUCUCGACCACCUUCUGAAAGCACACCGGUUCGAAUACAAAUACAUCGUGGCAACGUC